UGACCCAAACUCAUAAUUCUUUUGUGUACUUUCAAUUUGAUGGCACUGACGCCACUUCACGUUUCUGUUGGUUAUAACAGGGUCGAGAUAGUCAAAUUUCUUCUUAAUCGGCAAGGGACAGAUAAGGUUGAGUUGGAUGCCAAGAACAUGAAUGGAAUUACACCAUUAAAUCAUACUGUUUGGUACUCACUUCGAGCUGAAGAUUGCUCGACUGUCAAUACAUUGCUCAAGUACAAUGCUGGUUGUAGUGCUAAGGAUAAUGUACGGUGGAUUGCAAUCAUUUGAGGGGGAUUUCCAGAUGGUUAAAAGAACACCAAAAAGACCGGAAACUUUACUUUCUUUUUUAUCCCGGUAACUUUCCGGACAACCAAACAAAUCAGUUUCGUAUGGGCUCGAGAAAGAAAGUGUCCAUGGAAGAAUAGAGUAAACCGAAAGUGUGGUGGAGGUGAGAAAUGGGGAUGGGGAAAAGAGAAAAAAAAAAUAGAAGGCCGGUUUGGGAUUGGCAAAUGGUUGUGGCGCACAUGGAGAGUGGCAAUCGACAAAGGGGAG